AUGGCCUUUCACUUCAUAUUCCUUUCCUGCAUCAUAUUCCUAGCCACUGUCCUUGGUUUGUUCGGAAAUAUCAGUUUGAUCUACGCAGUCGUCAGAUACAAAACUCUUCACUCGAAAACAUGCCAUCGACUGAUGCCAUAUCCUGUCUAUGGUGUUCUAGUACAUAUUCCGUGUGUAUGCGUUGCAACAUGUUUCGUCAUAGGAGGCGCAGUUUUGAUGAAUGACGAAGUCAUACUGGUCUGUAACCCACCGCUGGCUCUACCAGAUCCUGUGUCGGAGAUAUGGAAUCUCACCACGAUGAUAGCGAAUGCCAUGGCUUUGAUUGUCUAUGCGCUCGUCGUUAUUCAAGUGUUCAAACUCCAAAGUGGACAGGUGGCAUAUUGUAACGAAGCGAGAAUAAUUGUCGAAUUCCAGACAGGAAUACAUCUGUUGAAACCAGGCGCCAUUCCCCAAAGUAUCACAGAAGAAUUUUGCGAUCGACUUCCGCAGUUGUAUCCAUAUCAGUUGUUUGCCGCAGCUGGCAUUUCUCGAAUUCCCUUCACUACCGAUCCCGAGAUCCGAGAGUUGAUCCACACUUAUGCUGUGAUACCUCCGCUCUUCAUUAUGUGCCAGAAUUAUUACAUUUAUUUCAUCAUGAGUUCUGAAUACCGUUAUGUGUUCAAAGCGAUAUUGGGCAUGAGAAAAAAUGACGUCACAACCCUUUCCAAUGCUCGUAAAACCACACUCGUAGCGGUCAGCAUAAUGUGA